AGAACCUGGAUGGGUGGGGUGGUGGAAUCUUGGCUGUUGUGCUGGAAAAGUCAGCUGGAAUGUGAGGAGAGAAGCAUGCACUGUGAGGUCAUCCGGUAUGUGUGUUUAGAUGGGAGAGAGAGAGAGACUGAUCCAUUAUGCCAAGCCAAUGCAGUCUUUGUUUCUCUGCAUCUUAUGCAAUUUUGCAAAACUCUCCAAGGAAAAAUGGAUCGAUCAACUAAUGGAAGCACCGGCAGAAAAACUAGAAGAUGCCAAUGAGACAAUGGAGUCCUUAUCCCACGAGGCACUCUGGUUUGACUACCCUGACUCCGAUAAAGAGAAGAUCCUAGCUGUCUAUAAGUUUAUUGGAGAAAAGCCCGAAUUUAUUGCUCCAAGCGCCUUCCCUCAGCUGUUGCGCCACAUCUUAGUGGGAUCCAUUCUCCUCAUCCUGCUGUUCUUUGUUUUUCAGAUUGUCCAAGCGCUUUUUCGUAAACAACACAACUAGAGAAGACGACUAGAGUUCCUGAGCCAAACAGCUUGUCCUCUGCUCUUUUCCACUGUCCUUCCUGUUAAGUAAAAG